AAAAAUAAUAAAAAUCAAACUUAGUGCACUUGAUCAAUGGCAUUUAAAAGGUUAGGGUGGCCUGUGGCUCGUUUAUCUUGGCAGCCCCGCAUAAGAACUCAUUCAGACCUCAGGCCGCGUCUCUCACCUGUCGGUCUCUCUGAUCCAAUUAUCUCCAUAACCUUCUCCGGCCACCAGUCACCGUCAGCCAAAGUAGCUGAACACGCCCCUUUUCUCCCGUGGGUUUGCUCUCCCCCUAGGAGAACGUUCGCUCAACCCUGUCUGCUACACGAACUAGGGGUAGCCGGGUAGGGGGUUCCAAUCCAUUCUUGACCACUGCCAUACACUUGGACAAACGCUAAAGGAGACUUCUGCUUUCUCUUAACCGCCGGCAGCCCCUGGAGUCUCUUACUCUGCCGCUCUCGCCAGGAGACAUUCUUCAUCACCACAGACACCGAUCACGUCUCUGCAGCACUCAAACUCAGGGAAAUCGAGGAGGGUUCCUUCUCUCUGCAACCCUAGGCCAAACACCUAGUCACCAGGGAGAAAAUGAGAGCAAAAUCGGAGAACAAGCAGAGAACGAAAAGGAACCGAUGAAGAAAGAACCGGGAGAAAAUUUCGAUCGAUCCGAAAAAGGUGGAAAUUGAGGUAAAUCAUUCAGUUCCCAAAAUUCAUAUCCCUUGAAUUUAGAGAAAUGGGUCGGUGUUUGCUACCGAUACUGGUUCUAUGGUAGUGAUUCUUGCCUGUUGUACUCUGGUUUUACUUGUGCGAACUCGAUGAUGUUGCUUUGUUCAUUCUGUUUUCAAUUUGAUGAAAAUAUGAUCGUCCAUUAGAUUCUCUUAAAUUUAUUUCAAUUUAAAGUUCAAGAAUUGCGAGUAACCAAAAUCAUUUCCCAUCCAAAUUCCACAAGGUAAGUGUUCGAUUGCUGUGAAAUUGUGAAUAUAAAGGAAGGAAGUCGUGGGUUUCGUACGGAUGUCCAAUUCCCAUUUGAGAAUUGUCUCGAUUAGUUGAGGUUUCCCAUCGGCACUGAUGUUCAAGAGCAACAAUGUUGCCGCUAGGAUCUUUGAGCGCCAAAUUCGCACUCCUGCUCCAGGCACUAGUGUAAAUUCUCUAGCUUUUGCUGUUAUUUUAUUUUGUGUUGCACUGCCCUCUUGUUUAUUUUGUGC